AUGACGGCCGUAUUGAGUGAAACUGAUUUUGACGUAUGUUUUGUUACUGGGUACGUCAGCUGACAACAGAUGACAGUCGACUCAAUGAAGGAAAGUUUGACAAAAUGAAGGAAAUUUCAAGGAAAUAAAAUUUUGAAAGAAAAUAGCCAAAUAUUUUGUCGAUGAAAAUAAAAAUAGGGCAUUUUCCUUUCCUCCGUUUAUUUUAACAUUAUGAAAACCUUUGAAAUCUUUGAAGACAAUUUCAAUAUUUUUGAAGGAAAUUUCAAUAUUUUUGAGGCAAAUUUCGGUCAAAGAUGCGGUCAAAGUGAAAUUUUCAAAAUUUGGAAAAAGUAUUUUUUUAGUUUUGGCAAAUGCAAAAUUUGCAAAUUUUCACAGCAAUGAAAAUCAAAAUGGCGCUAAUGGGGAGCCCAUCGUUUCGGAAAUUCUGAACAACGUUUCUGCACUUUCAAGUGUAUUAAAUAACUCGCGAAAUGUUGCAUCAACUUCGACAACCUCAAAUACUAGCGUUGAGGGAGAAGUACGAAGGAUUUUUCUUCCAGGAUCGGUAAGAAACAAUCAACUGACACGCCAAGUUGUCCAAGGCGAAAGCAGGAACCAAUUAAAUGUGGUUCAAGGCCAGAUGAACCAAGAAAUGCAGACUGGCAUUAGUGGAAAUUUAAGUGCAAGUGUGAAUGAUGAAGCACAAAGGAAUGUUUAUUCACGAUCAUCAACAAACAGCCAACUAAUUUGUCCAAACGAAACAAUUCAAACAACCAACCAGGUAAAUCAGCGAAGUCAAAGGGCGGGCUACAGUGGAAAUUUAACUUCUUACUUUCCAGGCCAAUUUAACUUCACAAGAAAUAAAAGAAAACGUAAUUGCAAGGAUAAAGGGUCCAACAUUAAAGGCAACAGAUACUUUUAUAAAGAGAUUGUUCUGUUGACAGGUCCAAACGACACUCGUACACCUCAACAAGGAACAAAACUCUAUUUGAAACAAAACCAGCAUAUCGUUCGAGGAGUUCAAUUUUCAAAAGAGUGGUUGGAGCAACAAGUCAUUGAACAG